CCCCCCUCCGGCUCCCUGUCCCCCCCUCCCGGCUGAGUUCAUUCACUGGGAUUGGUUUCAAAUGACGCCAUCGCUUUAUUUUUACACCAAUGACCUCAUCCCAGCAGCUUGAAGUUUACUGACCAGCAAAACUCUUUUCUCUCUCCCUCCUCCUCCUCGGGUCUGUUUGCUCUACCCAUUUAUUAGGAAUUGUUUGGUUCCUUUCAGGAACGGGAGGCUUAAAAAAAAUUAAAAAACAAAACCAAACCAAACCUCACCACCAACCCCAAACUUUCUUCCCCUCCCGAUCUCCAACGCCCCCCCCUCCCCGCUGUCCCUUUUUAAUUCUCUCAAGCCAUCUUGGGGGGGGGGGGGAGGGGGGGGAGAAGACGAGAAAAAAAAUCUCCGAAUGUUUCCUUUUUCUUCUCCUCUUCCCUCAGCCUUCAUGCUUCCCCCUCCUAAAAAGACCAGAAUAGCGUUUUUUUUUUUUUUCCUUUUAAAUUGCUGUUAUCUUUGACUCGAAGAAGAAGGUGAAAGAGGCGCUUUCCUAGCGGCUGGAAGGAGACAAAAAGUUGCUUUCUGGCGGCAGCGGAGAGAGAGAGGCUGGUGGCAACUUUUAUCCCCGCCGCGGGGACAGACCCGAGGCAGACAGAGGGGGUGCGACAGUGUUUCCCUCUUCUGGCCUUUGUAUGUGGACCACCACACUCUGUCCUGUUCAGCCCAUUUAGAAUUUGACUCAAGUGUAGGCUCUUAGUCCGGUGUGAAGCUGAUGGGUGGGAGCAAAGGUAAAGAAUGAUGUAAUGCAGUGGCAGCCAGAAAGCAUCUUUUGUUUGAAUUGUGAAAUGGCUACUCCAGUCAUCUCCUGAUGAAUCAGAUGUGAGGGGCUGCUUUGUGGACGGAACCCUUUGUAACGGCACAUCAACUGGAAGCAGGAGGAGAUGUUCAGUUGAAGAGCUCUUUCUGAAAAUGGGUUUAACUUUUCUUUUGCCAGUCACUGCCAGCAUGACCUCAUACACUUCUAGUACAAUGGUGUGGCUAAGCCUUUGAGUACACAGCCAUUACAUCAUCGCAGCAAAUUGGAGAGGGAGGUGGUGAAAGACGCCUUAUUGUUGUCAUGGCCGAUGAGAUGAUCAGGACUCAACUCAUUGUCGCCGAGAAGUUGGUGGCUUUGCUGGAGAGUGGUACAGAAAAAUUGCUACUGAUUGACAGCCGCCCCUUUGUGGAAUACAAUACGUCCCACGUCUUGGAUGCCAUCAACAUCAACUGUUCCAAGCUUAUGAAGCGGAGGCUGCAGCAGGACAAAGUUUUGAUUACAGAGCUCAUUCAGCAUUCAGCAAAACACAAGAUUGAAAUUGAUUGCAAGCAGGAAGUGGUGGUGUAUGACCAAAGCUCUAAAGACGUGACCUCUCUCUCAUCUGACUGCUUUCUUACUGUGCUCCUGGGCAAACUGGAGAAGAAUUUCAGCUCUGUUUAUCUGCUUUCAGGUGGAUUUGCUGAAUUCUCCAGCUCUUUCCCUGGUCUCUGUGAAGGAAAAUCCACGCUUGUCCCUACGUGCAUUUCUCAGCCCUGUCUACCUGUCUCCAAUGUUGGCCCAACCAGGAUUCUGCCUCAUCUCUAUCUCGGGUGCCAACGGGACGUCCUCAACAAGGAGCUGAUGCAGCAGAAUGAUAUUGGCUAUGUACUAAAUGCCAGUAAUACCUGUCCAAAGCCUGAUUUCAUUCCGGAAUCCCAUUUUCUGAGAGUGCCAGUGAAUGACAGCUUUUGUGAGAAGAUUUUGCCUUGGUUGGAUAAAUCAGUCGAUUUUAUAGAAAAAGCAAAAGCAUCAAAUGGUUGCGUGUUAGUCCACUGUUUAGCUGGAAUAUCUCGCUCUGCCACAAUCGCUAUUGCAUACAUCAUGAAGAGAAUGGAUAUGUCCUUAGAUGAAGCUUACAGAUUUGUGAAAGAAAAGAGGCCAACCAUUUCUCCCAACUUCAACUUCCUGGGCCAACUUUUGGACUUUGAGAAAAAGAUCAAGAACCAGAGUGGUCAGCCUGGACAUAUCAGUAAGCUGACGCUUCUACACCUGGAGAAGAGCAGUGAGCAUGUACUGGUCCCAGAAGGAGGGCACAGCAACCUCUCCACUAAUCAGCUCUGCAUUACCGCUACCUCUGAGAUCGUGGAACAGAAGCCCAUGGACUCCGGGAGCAUGUCAUGCGCACACUUGCCCUCCCUGGAAGAUGGCCCGCUGGUACAGGGCAUAAACGGACUGCACGUCUCCCUAGAUAAGGUGGAAGACAGUAACCGGCUGAAGCGCUCCUUUUCUUUGGAUAUCAAAUCCGUAUCCUACUCAGCCAGCAGCAGCUGUGUGACUGCAUCCGUUCAGGGCUUUGCCUCUUCCGAAGACACCCUGGAAUACUACAAACACGCGACUGCUUUAGAGGGCAGCAGCAAGCUGUGUCAGUUCUCCCCGGUGCAGGAGGUCUCAGAGCAGACCCCCGAAGCCAGCCCUGAUAAAGAGGAAGCAGGCCCUCCCAAGAAACCCCAGAAUACCUGGCAGCUGGACAGCCAGAGCAAACGGCAGCACGUGGGGAGAGCCGGCAGCAGCACUGCCACUCAGCGGUCGCUCCUGUACCCCCUUCAUCGGAGCGGGAGCGUGGAAGACAACUACCGAACGAACUUCUUGUUUGGGCUCUCCACCAGCCAGCAGCAUUUGGCGAAGUCUGCUGCGGGGCUGGGCCUCAAAGGCUGGCACUCAGACAUCUUGGCUCCUCACACGUCAGCUCCAUCCCUCACCAACAGCUGGUAUUUUGCAGCUGAGUCCUCGCAUUUCUACUCUGCCUCUGCCAUCUAUGGGAACAGCGCUGCGUACUCUGCCUACAGCUGUAGUCAGCUGCCCACAGGCUGCGACCAAGCCUGUGCUGUGCGCAGGAGGCCAAAGCAGGGUGACCGAGGUGACUCCAGGCGUAGCUGGCAUGAGGAAAGCUCUUUCGAGAAGCAGUUUAAGCGCAGAAGCUGCCAGAUGGAGUUUGGGGAAAGCAUCAUGUCAGACAACAGAUCCAGAGAAGAACUGGGGAAAGUGGGCAGUCAGUCGAGCUUUUCAGGCAGCAUGGAAAUCAUUGAAGUGUCUUGAGGAGCAGCAGACUGGCGUGACUGUAUCGGAUUUGCUACCCCCUCCAGGCUGCUCCCCCAGCAUUUAAGAGGUCCCUAUAAAUCUGAAAAGAACAAACACCACACAGAAGGUGGGGAGGGAGGAAAUGUGGGGCUUCACUGUGAACGCAGUGACUAGAUUAAUACAGCGAGGAAAUGACAAGUGAGCGUCUGCACGAGGAGACCAAGUGCACUGUUGGGUUUUUCUCCUCCCCUUUCCUGGAGAAGGGCAGAACAUUUCAAAGAGUUUUUUCCCUGACAGAGGAAGCAAUUUACAUGCAAUGGGUUGCACAUCCUUUCAGUGUUUUCAAAACGGAAACUCUCGUGGUAUCGAACCAUAUCUCUGGUUCCACUGAAACAUGCUUCUACCCAUCAAAGCUAGUUUUAUUCUCCCUUCCUCAUGCCUCAAGUCUUCACCAGUGCACCUUAGCCCUGACACUGAGCCAACCUCUGGAGGGAGACGUUUUUCCUGUAAGAAAGGAGACUGGGAGUGAUUCCAAAGGAAGUAGGGACUGGUUACAGCAAGGCUGGUCUGAAAAUACAGUUCAGGCAAAUGUAAAUAGUGGUGUAACUAUUGUUCUAAUGGAUAGGCUUUAGGUGAUUUGCUAGAGAGCUGCUUCAGAGAAAAAAAAAAAAACAGUACCUCAAAAAUAUAAAAAAUAAACUAGGGCUUUAUGGCUGCCAGAUGCAGGUAGUCAGUUCGUAAGCAAUGUGAACAAGCAAUGACAAGCCACAUUAGAUUUUUUUUUUUUUAAAGCUGUCUACGCACAAGUGUUUCAGUUGGCUUACUAGCAAUUCUUCAGAAAGACAAAUGAACCAUACUUAUGACCAUUACCCCCAGUCUUUUGAAAUAUAAAAUAAGCAGUAUUUUUUUUCUGAUAUUUAGCUGGCUUCUGGGAGAGGGAUACUUUUGCUUCCAAGCUAUAAUGGAGUGGUUAAUCCUUAGUGCUAUGUGCAAGAGAAGCAGCUGGUACAAUACCACAAAUUCCUCCUCUUGCCAAUUGCCAAUUCAAUAGAUGGCUCUUGAAAGUUUUUUGUUUGUUUGUUUUGUUUUUUAAAGCAAAAAUUAGUUGUAAGCCUUGGUGGGAUGGGCUUUUGUUCAAAACUGAGCAGUACUGUUAAGGAACUACUCUUCAUAUGCAGCUCCAAUCGCUUGUGCGGUGGGGGCAAUUCAGGUUUGUUGUUUUUUUUUCCUACCCCCUCCACACCCUCUCCAACAUCCUCACCCAAACUGUGAGGAUCGAGGUUUUAUGUUUGCUGACCUCAUCCAAGAAAGAGAGGUCUGUUCAGCUGUCCAGGGAAAACAGAAAGGGAACUCCAGAGUCCCAUCUCAUGAUGUGGUGUGAAAGAAAGAGGGGUUGAGAAGAGACAGCUUUAAUGGAAAGCCUGCUCACCUUCUGCGCUUGCAGAGCCAAAAGAACUUUAAUUUUGGCUUUUGUCUUCCGUCUCAGUUUAGGGUCUCGGUUUCCCAGCGUGCUGAUGCAUGAUUUGGCUGCAGAUGCUCCUAGCUGUGCUGCAGCUGGCCAGUGCUCUGCUCUCUGAUCUACACCAGCCUAGAGGCUAUGCCAGCGUGAGGAGGUGCCCUCCCUGCUGCCAGCAGGGGUGUUCCAUGGGAGAUUAGGCACAGCCCUCCUUGUGUUGUUUUUGACAGUGAACCAGCUGCUUCCCCUCCAGCUUGUGAGUCUUGUGGUGCGUUGGCUGCUGCUUCACAAACUGUUACGUGUGUGCGCCUUGCCGUUAAGAGGUUUACGGUAGGCAAGGAGUGGUCCAGAGGCACAACGCAGAGCUUCAGCCUUCCCUCUUGUACAUGGAUGGAAGCUGCACACGUUAUCUAGGUCUUCCCCAGGGCCCCUCAGCACAUGCAUAUGUUUGGGGGGGGCAGGGAACUAUAUUGUUUUGUCCAGUGCAGGCAGCUGAAAAUUAUAAAUCAAAUGAAACAAAUACUUAUACCUGGCCAACAGCUUUUAAAAAAAAUUGUCAAGCCCUAAUUCAAGUCAGCAACUUGGGUUAUGUUUCGUUUGUUUGUUUGUUUUUGUUGUUUUGUUUUGUUUUUUACUUUAAAUGUAGCUAGUUUGUGACUCAAAUCUCAGGUUUUACUGUAUUGAAAAGUGGAGAAGAUUUUGUCAUUGUUUUGUUUUAUGGCUAGGAUGUGACUUAAUUUCCUACAGAGGACUGUUUAAAAUAGCACUACAGCAUUAAUUAACUUGAUCCUAAAAAGUGCAAACGACACACAGAGAGGCAGCAGCAGGAGUAACUGAACCCAGAGGCUGUGUUCGUGAUGUGUAUGUGAAAUGCCGGAAGAAAGGGUAGCCUGGGCAAGGGACAGGUUGACACCACACUGUAAAGCAUGUCAGGUCUUCGCGUUUCAUUAAAUGUACUGCCACUUGUCUGUGCUUACAUACCAAGUGAAAGUGAUUACAUUGCAACUAUGCGUGUGUAUACACACAUGGAAACCAUUUAGCAGUGCUCCUCUCAGCCAGACUUCAGUAAGGGCCUGUGUCUUAUUUGAUUUAAACCAGUUAACGGGGGUAAACACAAAUAAAUCCCCGCAGGCAGAAAGAUAGUUUUCCUGGGUCUUGUGCUCACUCACACAUGUGUUCUCCCCUGUCUCUCUAUACACACAAGUAGGUACGGUUGGGGUUUUGUUUGGUUAAUCUCCUUCUGAGGAACUGAAAUUUGGUCGUCUGGCUCCUCGUGAUUUCCAAUAAGCUAUAGUCACCAACUGAAUCAAAGCUGUAGGCUCAUGUUAGGGGACAGCUUCCUGUAGGAGGAAGCCUUAAAUUCAUAUCCUGUGCAGGGUGGUGCCCUGUCUCAUUUCUGAAAUGGUGUCCUAUACCUGAACAAUGCUGGAAAUGGUUUUGAGGUUUGGAGAGCAAAGUGGAGGAUGUGAGGGGGGGGAAACGUGUACAUGUUCAAUAUGAAUAUAAUGUUUUUUGGUGUAUGGAAGCUGUUUAAAUGGUUCAGAGAUGUGAGUUUCUCAUCUUGUUGUGUCAUGAGCAUUACCUGUAUGUUAUGAUGAAAUAAAAUCAGAAAUGGUACCUGUUUAUAUAGAACGGUUGAGGAAGGAGCCUCUGUGCCUCUGGCUGUGGUGCAUGCGUUACCUGGCUGCAGGAGGACCUGCUUCCCCGUGGCCAGGGCUAGCAGGAGUCUCGUCCUUACGGUACGUAUCCUUCUCUGCAGAUGCAUGCCUGUCAGUGAAUGACACAGAACCAGUGGCUUUGGACUGCUACUCAUAAGCAGUGCUGACUUCACAACCAUGUUACAGUUGUGAAAUCUCUUACCUGCUCCUGUUUACCCUACCUCUUCUGCUCCCUUAGAGAGCAGCAAUGGCUUUUCUGUGCUGCUUCUGCGCAGAUACCUUGCAACGGCUAAUGCUGGAGAAUAGUUAUACCAUCUCACAGAAUAGCAGGCCAGUUCUUCUGCAGUUAAACUGAUCAUUCACAAGACAGCUGUGCUAGCCUUUCUGAAGCAAGUGUUUCAGCUUGUUUAAAUUACCUAGGAUGAACUGUGUACUUUUAUUUUUGCCUCCCAUACUUCUUAUUUGAUGAAGAAUAUAAUCACAUUAAUACUUCUUUUGAUGGAUUCUGCCAGUCCUGAAGCAUUGGGAACAACCUGAAUGCUAAGGGAGAGGUAUGCCCCUUGUUGCCCCUUUAUAGAAUAGCUUAUACAAAUGUAGUUAUGUAUUAAAUUUAAGUCCUGCACUAGGGCAUGGAUGCCAAGGCUAUGUCCUUAGAUGGCAAAGCUCAAGCCUCCAAGUUUGUGUAGCAGCAUCUUCAAUCUCAGGUGAAGGAAUAGAAGCCUUUUUAAAGAGAAUUUAAAAGCAUUAUCCCAGGAAGGGAAGUGCAGAAAGUUUGGCCUCUAGAAUAGACUGUACUAUCAGCCACAGCACAGUUAACAACCUGUGUGUCUUUUUAUGCUUGCUUUCCACAACCACGAAGUACCUACCAGCUGUUACACAAAAAGCUUGCAUCUAUUGAACAGUAAAAUAUGAACCAUGCACAACAGUAGUCCUAAAUGGCAUUAGGUGUUAUCCUACAAAAUAGGUUCACUUAAUCUUCUAACACUUACCUGCUCUGGCUUCUUUCACUCUACUCUAAGGUCUAGUUCUGACCUCAGUAAGUGCCUUCACAGGAUGCUUUCUGAAGUGUGUACUUCAGCUUUUGCCAGGGCCAGUUGGUCACCCACCUUGUCACCACGACGAGGCUGCACGCACAUAAGCAGUAGCAGCCAGCUCAGUCACGGUCCCACCCCACCCCUGGCAAGUCACAGGCACCACUGCACACAUUGUUUAUUUCAACUGGACAUCAGUGCCAACCCGGAUUGGGACAGAGUCCAAAAAAAACAACCGUUUUUUCAUUGCAAGACACACGUUUUCUUACAGUCACAAAGGUGGCUGCCCCAGCACAGCUGAAGCAGGCCACCUCCGGGGCACCAAGGGGGUUCAAUGCAACCAUGUACGAAGCAUUAAAACUAAUAUAUGACCUCACACACAUAAGUGUCCGCAGCCAUCACAGCAAGAAGUGGUGUAAAUGAAGAAUAAGCAAGGCGUCCAGAGAAACAACACACUAGAAAAAGAGCAAUACCCAACAUUUUAAUGCUGGAGCUGUGGAACAUAUAGCACACACGCAGUUGGAAGUAGAGCAAGUCUGCAAAUGGGAUAAUAACCCAUAAACAGAGGAGCACUCACCACAAGGCUUAUAAUCAAAAUACACUGGCAGCUUGGGAAUCGGAGAGAAGUUACAACAGAGCCUCAUGGAAACCGCUGGAAUGCAGUCUGAUAAAGAGCGAGGGGCUGGUUCAUGCUGUAAGUGGGCCUGUGAAAAUGCAUUUCUACUCUUUCUAUGUAAAAGCUUAGAGGAGGGGAAAUAUUUUUUAAAAUAUUUAAAUAUAUUUAAAUAAAUUUAAUUUAAAAUACAUAUAUUUAAAAAAAAAAAAAAAAACACUUUUCUGUCCCCUUCAGUGGAUCUUCACAGAAACUGACCUGCAGAUAGGUUGGCACUUUAGCACCCUGUCAAUCCAUUAAAUUACAAAAACAAUAAAAAUAAAGCGAACCUCUUUGGCCAGUGUAGUCCACUGGCCCAGGGUGAGGUGUCACAAGCACCAGAGGCAGCAAAGGGGGAGGUGACAACAGCAGAACCAAGGGAAGGACUGGAGUGGCUCAGGCCCCCAGGGAACCAAAGCCGCAGGGACUCACUUUGCUCUCCAGCUUUUCAGAAGGUUUCAUAUCAGGAAGCUUAGUCUGCACCCCACAUCACACAUCAGCUUCAUUUCACAUCAAAGACCAGAAAUGGGCAGAAGUGGUUCUUUCCCAUUGACCAUGCCAGAUUACUCUCUGUUCAUAGCAUUGACAAUCUAUCCUUCAUGGCAAAAGUAAUAGCUGGUACAUUCAUGAGGGAGACCUGAGGCCUUCUCCAACAGUGUUUGGCUUGGAAAAGGGAACUCCUAAAUAGAAAGGCAAUUCCAAUCACAUCUCGAAUCUCCGGCUGAACAGUGUGUAAUGAAAUAAAGCAUCGGUCUCACCUUGAGCAUCACCUGCCUUCGAGAUGAAUCUGAAAGCAGGACACAGAGCAAAGCAAGCGAGGAGCAGACAAGCAACAGAAACAGCAGCUCAAGAACAUGUGGCAGGAAAUGACUUCUUCUUGGAAAGAGGUCCAAAGACUUACAGUUAACAGAGCUAGUGACAAUGUUUUAAAUAAAACUAUAACCCAUCAUUUGAGAACAGUUAGAGGGUGCACGGUACUUUACGGGACACAUAUGAGACUAUCACCUGUCGAAUGGAAGGAAUCGACCUGCGUUCUUUGUAAGAGGUUGGACUUCACAUAUCAGCUCUGUUUUCUUUCUAUUUAAGCUAUUACAUCUUUUGCAACUUACCCUUUCUGCUCAGAAAGCUCUAGCUGGGAGACCCAGCAGCAUAUCCAGAAGCUUAAAAGGCAGUAUCUCCCAUUAUCAGCCCAAUACCUAGGUGUUUUAUAGCAAAUAAGAAACUGACCUGCAGCCCAUGCUCUCACAGGUUUCAGAUAGGAGUACUACUUGCUUGCCCUCAUUAGCACUGCAAGGACAAUGCUUUGAUCUGGUACUUAAUAGUGUGAGGACAAACGUCUAGAGCUUUACAGGAGAGAGCAUCUGCAGCCUGGCCCCUGCUCGGAGAUCCAGUAUGAGGAUCUUCCCACUGGUCUGAUCUUCCAGCACUCCAGGGUGUGGGAUAUCUAUUAUUGCAUUUGACAGAGACAGGCGGCUGAAUGUUGCGCAUUCUGAACUUCCAGACAGUGUGAUUUGGGAGAGGACAAAAAUGCCUGCAGCAUCUAUUUAAAGUUGCUGAAUAUUGUAGCGUGUCUGAUGGCAGGAGGCAGAGAACUCUUCCAUGAUGGACAGUAAGAAUCCUCGUGGCAUAGUCAUGAAAAGCGAGUUUUCAUGGGUUGCUCUGUCUCAUGUAUGCAUCAAAACUUUUUACAAACCAAGUGUAAAAAAUACUGCAAGAGACAUGAGCAUGGGUGGGAGUCUGAUCUGCACAAUGCUAUAUCCUGUGCAAGAGUACACACCUACAUGUACACACAUAUGUACCAGAUCUGGGGUGGAAGAGGUAAUGAAGUAAGCUCACUCUGCCGCCUUUCCUAGAAAAUGUCCUGCUCUGUUCUUUGCUGUGUCUGAAGUAGUCAAUUGCUCUUCCCAGGGUAUCAUUCCAGAGGGCUUCCUUGCUACAGGACUCUGUUCUCAGACAAUGCUCAGUGGCCUUAGAGCCCAGUCACUGCUACCUUUCAAACGCAGAUCCAAGCUGGCUGCAGUAUGCAUUACACAGAUUCACUCCAUGGCCUUUGGUCAUGCAACAAAAAAGAACAGCUUGUUGCUUCCUUCUACCAGGCAGCCAUUAAUACUAUAU